UUUAAGUAUCAUAUUAGAAAAACCCCUUUUUGUAUUGGAACUUUUUGAAUUCCUCUGUAUUUGUGUCUUCUCUUACAGCAUACACACAAAGCAUGCAUUUCCACACCCUGACCUGCAGGGGGUGGAUUUGAAAGCGAUGACUCAUGAUUCAGAACCUAGGGACUUGUGGUUUUCUGCAAAAGCACACAUCCUGUAAUGUGUCUGUAUGGGCAUGAACACAGUCACAGUCUUGUGAUGAACAGAUACAGACGAAGCGACAGAUAACUUCAUUCUUCUUCUUCAUCAUGUCGACCACCUGCAACGGCAACGGCACUUGUUCUGACGGUAACUUUUGGUUCCACAAUUUAUGUGCAGCAUCCUGGCUACCGCUGCUGUUCAUAGCACUGGGCGGAUUACUGGUCUGCUCACUAUCAUUGAACAUUCUUUUCUGUGUGCUACAAUGUUGCUCAGGAAAAAAAAAACACCCACGACAGAGGCAAAGCCCAAAGCAGAUGGAAGAUAAUCCUAUUUAUGGAAACAUCCUCUACGAACAGACAGACACUCUUCCGUUGACAGACAACAUUCCUCGGCCCCACUCCUCAUUCAGCUCUGUGCCUGUGAUGGAGCAACAGAGACUCACUUACACCUCACAGCAGGACUGUUACGCCAAUCUCGCUCUCAAACCUCCCAGGAUGCAGUGCGGCCGCAGCUCUCCACAGACACAGCACGCUGUAGAUGGAAGUCCGACAGAGGAGGCACCGGAGGUCAGAAAGCAACAAGCGGAAGCAGGAGAAGAAGAAGAAGAAAAAGAAGAAGAAAACGCAGGAACACAAGAAGAGGAGAACGCUGAUAGACUCAAUAUGUCGGAUUUGUAUGCAACUGUACAAACACAGCGAACCAAAGCGAUCUGCACCUCGAAUAGUGGAGAGGAGUACGCCAACCAUCUGUGAACGGAGCACCGAAGCUGACAACCUGGUGGGUUUUUGGGGGCUUAGCUGGGACUUUGAACAACAACAACAAACACCAGAGAACAUAACGAGUAAGGUGGUACGAGGCCACUACUGAAAAGGUACAGGCUAUUUUCUUGACUUUUGUUUUUGUUUUUAAUAUCUUCAAAAGCUAAUACAUUUGAAGAUCGCAAACUGAUCUAACAGAAGCAAAACUCUGAAACCCCCCGACAAAUUUGGCCCUACAGCUAAGUAUUCCAAAACUGAAGAUGUAUGUAUAUUAAUUGUGUUCAUUGUAUGUUUAUGUUGGCUGCUUCUUGCAGCCAAAAGUCAGUCACUGCUUCUAUCAACAAUGCCAACUAUAUAUAUGUAUAGGUGUGUGUGUAUAUUUCACGUAUUUUUCAGUUUUUAACUUACUGCUAUCAGUUAGCCGUACUUGCUAUCAUGUAUUUGCCGUACUUUACUGUCAUGUAUUUGUAAGUUAUCAUAGUCAAACUCAUACUGUUCGAUAUGGUCUAAGACAGUGGUUCUCAAACUUUUUAUACUCUGUACCACCUGAGAAAACAUUGAGCUCUUUGUGUUGACCAACAUUAGAAUAUAGCAGCGUAGGCCUUCACUAUUAGCUUCCACCACACAGGGGAGAUGUUUAUAAAUGUUUAUAAAGAUGUUUGUUUUUAAAUGUUGUAUAUAAUUGUGCAUCGUAUGUUUCAGAUUGAUUCAAUUGAAAAUGUAAAUAUGAAAAUACGAAUUUUCCCCGAGUACCACUAGAGAGCACUGCACCACUGUUUGAGAACCACUGGUCUAAGAUAUUACAGGGCCCUUGGGUCAUUUUUCAUUUUUCGACUCCUUGAAAAGUGUUUGAAAACUAUUGGGUUGUGCUGUUUUGUUUGUCAAUAAUAAUCUUUUCAUAUCUCUGUAUUUACUGUAUUAACUUUCAUUGUAACUUUGAGAAGUCAAUUUUACCAGAAAUUAAAAAAAAAUAGUUUCCUAGG